CUCCAUAGCCCAGAAACCAGUCCUCUCAUCCGCUACCCAUUGCGCGACCACCACACUUCCACUAUGGAGGAAGCCGGCCACCUGACCGCCCAGGCCCUUACCGGCGACCACACCGAAGACUCCUAUCACCCCAAAGAUGCCGUCGGCGCCGCCAUCAAGGGCACAAUGGUCACCGCGACCGGAGGAGCUUUCGUGUCGGCUGUCCAGAACACAUUGACGAAGCAAAAUAUUGGCGCAUGGGGUGUAUUCACAAGGACAGGAGGCACAAUUGGUACUUUCGCUGCCAUGGGAGGAGCCUAUGCGUUCUUCAAGUCUGCUUCCGCGAACUUGAGACAAAAGGACGACACAUACAACCACGCCAUUGGAGGCUUCUUCUCCGGCUCGAUGCUGGGUCUCAGAUUCCGCUCGGCACCAGCAGUUCUCGGAUACGGCACAUCGCUUGCUGUCAUUCUUGCAGCAUUCAACUACACAGGCGGUCGUCUAGUGGGCGCGGAACUCGACCCGGAGGUGGACGAGGUUGCACGGAAAGAAUAUCUGCGAAAGAACAGGCGGAGGAGUAUCGAGGAGACUAUCAACGAGCUUGGCGAAGGAAGAGGUGUACAUGGUCCAGGUUAUGCCGAGCGAAGAGCGGCACGCCUGAAGGAGGCGUACGGCAUCGAUGUUGUGCACUCGCCUACUGUUCCUGGCCAAGCGCAAUAGAAACUAGAACGUUCGGCUUGGUAGAAGACUAUGACGAAAGUGUAUAUAUACUCACAAACGCAGAUUCCCA